CACACACGUCAUUCUGAAUUCAAAGGUCAGAACUGAAGUACAUUUGCUUUCCAGAUGGACUCUCCGACCAAAACAGGGAAGGUUUACCUCCAACCACACAGAGCCGGCAAAAAAUGGAAGCCAGUGUGCUUGUCUCUGUUCCCCCCCAGUGACAGUGCAGCGGGGCGACUGGAGAUCCAGGACAUGGGAGGUGCUGGUGCUGAAGGCGAUCCUGUUUCUGGGGUCAGGAGACACCGCCAGCCUCAUGUGGACAGGAAGCUGAAAGUGCUGCGACUGUCCGAGCUGAUCAGCGUCCUCAGACUCCCCCCGAAUGCUGAAGCCUGUCCUAUGGAGAACAUGUCGGCGUUUUGUGUGGAGACCCGGGACAGAACCAUGGUGUUCGCUGCACUAAAGGACGACUGUGUGGAGUGGGUAGAAAAACUGUGUCUCCGCUCGUUUCAGAGAGGUGUAGCCUCCAGCUCUACUUAUCUUCACAUGGAGGAGAACCAGAUCUAUGCCUCAGCAGAUGAAGCCUCAGAGUUCUGGGUAAUGGUUCAAAAGACUGACGCAGCGACACGCUGCGGCCUGCAGGGGUCGUACUGGCUGCAGGUGGGGCGAGAGGCGCUGCUGCUGAGAGAAACACAGAAGAACAUUGUUAGAGAGUGGCCGUAUGAACGGCUGAGACGAUAUGGCAAAGAUAAGCUGGCCUUAACCAUCGAAGCAGGACGACGCUGUGACUCUGGUCCUGGAACAUUUAUCUUUGAGACACAGCAGGCUGAGAAGAUAUUCGCCCUAAUUCAGAGUACCAUCAAGCGGAAGACUUUGACUCAUACUGUAGGCAACCAAAACCAAGAGGGUCAGAAAGUUGUGGUAACCAACAUACAGGCUCAUUCCCCGCUCCCCAGAAUACCAGAUAUGAUCAGUAUUGCUGCGAUUCCGGAAAACAAACUGAGGACACAGGACAGUAAAUGUGCUGCUUUAGAAGAGAGUGCACGUUCCCAGGAAGAUUUGGUUGGUUCAUCAGAGAGUGCAUCAGUGCAUCCAGCUCCAAUCACCCUCAUGCCUCUUCCACUGGUGCCCACACGUGGCAGCCACUCCGGAGGACAACUUGAUGGCCAAUCAGAAGCUGUAUAUGCUGACCCAGCUGAUUGCAUCCAACCUGUACCAAAAGCACAACCGACCAUGGCUCUGUAUGUAGACCCUGCAAGUGUUCUCUCGCUCAAACCCCCCAGCCCCAGAGAAUCUGUCACUCCGUCUCCUAACUCCUCUACUCCCUGCUUCCCCCCCGAUCAGCCAGAUUCAGUCUACGCAGAGGUGUUCGACAAAAUCAGUCUGGCUCAGAAUAAAAACGUCGCAGAUGACGAACCCAUUUAUACUGAGCCCAUGAGCAAGGAGGAGAAGUCUGAUAAAAAAGAAAGCAAAGCAGACCCUUUUGCACACCUUUAUGCUCAAGUCUGCAAAACAACCCAAUCAUUUAGCCUAUUGUCGUCCUCUAACACCAUCCCUUCCUGCUCUGCUUCCUCUCCCGCUAUGACUGCCAGUAUAAGCACAACUAAUGAUGAUGUCAUCUACGAAAACCUGGGCACCAUUUAAUUUAGUUGUCAAGUGUAGCUUGAUGCUACAAUGCCUAAACCAAGUCUAUGCAGAGCUUGACAUAUAUUUUUGUACAAUGACUGUAAAGAAGAAAUAGAGUGAGCACAUCUCCUGUAUGGAUGGGCUUUCUUUUGUAUAUCCGUAUACAAACUAUUGUUCAUUAGUUCUGAAGAAAACAGGACUGUGUGACUACCUAUUCAUUAAUAAAGCAAGUUACCAAUAAAGUAGAACUUGUAACUAACAUGGCAGUGGCGUAACGAGCCAACACCGGGCCCCUAUGUAGGAUUAUCAAGGCGGGCCCCCCUACUACAGCACGUGAUGACAGCGCAAUGUCCACGAGUAGGCUACCAUGAAUAGAACAG